AUGAAGCUGAGUGCGGAGCUGCUAGGCGAGCUGGACUCGGCGCUAAACCCGCUCAAAGAGCGCGAGCUGGAUUUGCGCGGGCUCAAGAUUGCCGUGAUCGAGAAUCUCGGUGCGACGCGCGAUCAGAACGACUGCUUGGACUUGACCGAUAACGAGAUCAAGUUCCUCGGCAAUUUUCCGCGCCUGUCGCGCUUGGGUGCUCUGCUGCUCGCCAACAAUCUAGUGUCGCGCAUCGACCCGCGCUUGUACCAGCAGCUGCCGAACUUGCGCUCGCUGGUGCUGUCGAACAAUGCGGUGCACGAGUUUCGCCAGGUGGUGCCGCUGCGAAAAAUGCGGCGCCUCGAGUACCUAUCCUUGCUCGGCAAUCCCAUCGCACGUGAAAAACACUACCGCGAGUUUGUCCUAUGGCGCAUCCCCAGCGUGCGUGUACUCGACUACCAGCGCGUCUCGGAAAAAGAGCGCGCAUACGCGCGCACCUUGUUUGAAACGCCCGACGGCCGGCCCACCGAGCUUGCUGUGCACAUGUCCGGAACAUCCAGCGCGCCGCAUCCCAGCAAAGCACCGAGCGCCGCGCCGGGACGCUUGCUCACAGCCGAAGAGCGCGCGUCGAUUGCCGACGCAAUCGAACGCAGCACGAGUCUCGAAGAGGUGCGGCGGCUUGAGGAGCGCCUGAAACUUGGAUACCUGCCCCACGCAUAA